AUGCUGGUGAGGUUUAUGGCGAUCCUGCAUCACACCUACCUCAUCCUCAACAUGCCGGCUCCAAACGGUGUCCUCUCCAUCUACGGCGACGUCGAGACUUGGUACAAGUGCAACAUGGAGGUGGUGCAGCUUUCUAAAGCCCUGGAGUACUCGGCCAAGGACACCGCCAUGCUCGCGGAGGCCCAAAAGGUGGACAAGGACCAGCUCACGAUCACAGAGACGAAGUCGAUGCCCACAGCGCUACAGCCCAACCCCAAGGUCAAGAAGAUCUUCCUGGGCCUGGAGGACCCGACCAAGAUGGCUCUCAUAGGGUCCGACCUCUCCGCCAAAUAG